AUGGCCAUUUGUGCAUUAUCAUACUUUAUUGUAUUCUAUAUAAACGUUUGGCAAACCGAACAACUAUUAAACAGUUGUUAUCGUCGAUCAUCAUCAUCAAUUAGAAAUCCAUCCAUCUCUAGUCAUUUAUAUCGUUUUCAAAAAUAUAACACACAUAAUUUGAAAUUAAUAUCGAUUAGUAGUGUUAUCAGUACAGGGGUUAUCAUAUAUUUAUUCAUUUACAUUCCAAUUAAUUGUUAUCUUAUAAUAAUUCUUAUGUUGAAUCAAAUAACAACAUUCAAACUAUUCUUUUUAACCUCAUUGAUUGUUCCACAAAUGUUUGGCAUAUUUGGCUUACAUUUAGUAUUUGCCAUUUGUAAUCGUUUCUUUCAAAAAUCCUCUACUAAAUUCAUUCAAUUAUUACCCAAAUUAUCAUGUAAGAAUUUAUCAUUAUUCAUUAAACUAUCCAAUUAUGGUCAAGCAUUUCAUACUAAAAAUAAAUAUGGAUUUACAUACGGAAAAUUGGAAGUCAUCUCGAUUCGAGAAUUCAUAAUGGUAAGCUGA